GUGUGCGCUUGCUCUCAAGUGGAAGAAACUGCUCUGGUCUGUAUUAAUGUCUCUGCUUCAAUGCUGGUUCUAUAGUCACGUGUGUUAGCUAACAUACAGUAACUCACUAAUGUGGAGGUAGAAAGCCCCAUUCACUGUCAUAAUAAUUCAAUGAUACACUACAACCUUUCUCUGCCAAGAGUACAGCACAAUGGUUACAUAAUGCGGAGUGCAGAAAUAUCAGGCGAUUUUAACAAUCCGCUUGGCGCUGGUUUCUUUAUCCUCUUUCGGAACGAGCGAGUGAACAUCUUCACACCUGAGAGAGAAUAGGAGAGGAAAAAAGAGAGAAGGAGAGGUUAGGAGAUGGAAGAAGAGCUCAUACAUGCUCACCUUUCACCUAAAGAAAUAAAGCCUUUACUAUACUACUAUAGUUCAGAUAUGGAAAGCCUUAUUACAGGAAAAUAAGCAUAUUCUAUCAUUGAUAUAUAUCAGAGUAUUUCCGAAUAAUACGGAUCAGACUGUGCAAUAUAGUUCAAUCGCUCUUUAAACACCCAUAACUGGCCUAAGAUCAGGUCAUUUUUAAAGGGCUCAGCUUUGACUCUGUGUUUUAAAGCUCUUGGAUUGGCCAGAGACCGGUCACUAUAACCAGACUCAGUACUAUGCCUUUGUGGUUGAAGGCUUCAGGACAGGCCUGAGUACAGGCCAUGUGAUUGCAGCACUCCAGCCCGUUGUCAGAGCUCUCUACGAGAGGUGGGUGUAGGAGUCAGGCGCAGGAGAGGAGUAGAUGCAAAAAGUGUUUAAUGAGUCCAUCCAAAACAUACAGGCCCAGGACCUAAAUACACAGUCCGUGAACACCGCUAGAAAUAACAAUCUAGGGAAAAACCUGAAUGAAUAUACAUGAACAAAAAUAACGUUGCCCAACAUAGAAACAGGGAAACGAAAAUAAACCCGCACGAAACAAAGCGGGUAGGGAGAAAAUAAAUAACCACACUAAUUAACCUAAACAAGAAACAGGUGCACAAUCAAAACAGACAAGACCAAACGAAAAAGAAAAAAGGAUCGGUGGCAGCUAGUAGACCGGCGACGACGACCGCCGAGCACCGCCCGAACAGGAGAGCCACCUUUGGUGGAAAUCGUGACACCCGUGCACAAAACUACUGAGAAACCCUCCUCGGACACCAGCACAGUGGAAUUAUGAGCUGUUACUUCAGAGAGGGAGAGCGAGAGAGAUGCAAGCCACAUCAAUAAACAUAUUGAUUUGAGUUAUCAGAAAGCUGUUGUGUGCUUGCAGGUGUCCUUCGGUACAGCUUGAUCUUGUUCUUGUUAGUACACACACAGAUUUGUACUGCUCCUGUAGGACUAGGAAUGUGUGGAUAGUUUGUGUAUAGUUAGUGUGUAGUUAGCAUGUAGUAAUAGCGUAGUUAGUGUGUAGUUACAGUGUAGUAAGUGUGGUUUGGCCUCUAGUUCCUCUGAAUGGCUCAGACGAGAGAGAGAGAGAGAGAGAGAGAGCACUGUCAAUACAAACAGGAAGUGGCGAUUCAAUGGUAGCAGGGUGGAACAGUUCCAUCUGCUCCCAUCGUGUCGCCACAGACAAUCUGGCCACGUUCUCUCGCUGUCUGUCUGUCUGUCUCUCUCGCUCUCUCUCUCGCGCUCUCUUUCUGUAGGUGUGUCUCUGUCUCUCACUUUUUCUUUCGCUCCCCCUCUUAUCUCUCUGUCUGUCUCUCUUUCUGUAUUCUAAAUUCCAUUUAUUCUCCUCUCAUUAGCUUUAUAUAUUUAUUUGUUGCGUUUUAUAGACACAAGCAGAAGGAUAAACUGACAAUGAAAAUAAUUGGACACAUUUAUGUUGUACAGGCAAAACAUUUCUCUUUUCCUGCCUACUGAUUUUGACACUGAUGGAUUAUAGGUAAUGGUGUCUCAAUGAGCGAUGCGGCAGUUACCUGUCACUGUAAGUAUGUGUUUGUCCUAGGGCUGUGUCCACUGAGCGGACCACUGAGCGUUGGCCCUUGUUUUCCCAACAUUCCACAGCCGUAAUGGCCGCCGUAGUGAGUGGCCCAUUUGGUCUCAACCCACCUCCACCCCCACGGGCCCUCUGGCCUGAUUCUUACCAGACUCGCCGCCUCCUCUCCUCCUCCAGCCACAAGCUACACAGCGAUGCGGCGUGUUACAUAAUCACCGUAAAGGAGGGAAUGUUUUGGUGGGGAAACGAGGGGGGACCGCCGGAGUGUGGAGGAGCUCUUUCCUCUCCUCUGCCACCUUCCUGGCAGUGUACAGCGGCUCCAGUAUUACUGUAUUAUGGGCCGGCCGGCCGCGCGAAAUGGAAUGGAGACAGGAAUCUUAUGCACGCUAAGCGUAUUAAACCGCCGAUGUAUGAAACGACGUGGCUGCCGCGUUUAUUUAACAAUGAGGUUAACAGGUCGUGACAUAGGCCUUGUGUGUGUGUGUGUGUGUGUGUGUGUUUGAUUAAUAGAAGGAGAAGAUGGCGGAACACUAUCUGUUGUUCCACAGGCCUAUUGAUGUCACUCUCUCUCGGCCUGUCCAUCCAGACUCCGCUCUCUGAAGGUCUCCCAUAUGGGUUUCAUUUCCCAUAGUGGAAUGUGUUGCAGAAUUAGGUCAAAGUGAAAACGAAUAUAAAAAAACAGCCUUCCUCUCAGAGUAAGAGUUGAGUGUGUAUGCAUACUGUCAGUGCCGUCCGAGAUGUUUUGGCAUGUGAUUGUGUUUGGGAUAACUCCUUGGCUUGUGGCUGUAACCAUUAUGACAAGGGUGCAAAUGUGGCAGAGGAUAUUGUAGGCUGGAAGCCACAUAAGAGUCAAGAAGACAAACAUACAGAGAGCAGAGGGUAAGCGAGAGACCGAGCAAGAGAGGAGGAAGAAGAGAAAUGGUAGGCUGGACAAUAGAACGAGUCAACAUUCACCCAAGGCUGAAAAAUGGCAGAAGAAGGUUGGCUAAGUUGAAACACUAGUGCGAGCCCAUAGCAAAUGAACGGAAUGAAACGUUCGCAGAGCCUCUUCUGACUUCUGAUGCUUAGAAUUCCAUUUUGCCUAAAUGGCACCAAAAAAUGUAUCCCUUUUUAUUUUACCACUACAAUCUGUUCUUAGGACGAAACUGAAAUGAACAACUUGUGUAGAAAGUAAACAUCCGCACCUCGAUGGUGCCAAGUGUGCUUAUGUCUGCAUAACAAGGAAGUAUGGAAAACAUUUCUAGUCUAGCGAUCGAUGACAAUGGAGUACGCUGCCGAGCCUUACAUAAUUAGAAAGAGGAGAUUCUCACGAUUAAAAUGGUGCCCUAAAAUAAAGCCUGUUUUUCGUGAUUACUUCAAAACUACGGCAAGCAGCUGGGACAUAUGGUAAUAUUAUGAAACUGGGCUCCAUGGCGGAUGCAAUGAACUCAUUUCUAUCAGAAAAAAGCAUUGUUGAAAAUGUAAUGUGUCCAGCCUAGAAAUGGAAAGUCAGACACCGACAAAUACAGAUUUCCAAAUAUCUGCAAUUCUUUGCUUCCUGGCUUGUGGAAUGUUGGGAACAUCUGUCACCAUGACAUUGGAGGUCAGAGUUGGAACGCAACGCACCACCAGGCUGUCCACAGCAGCCAGCCUCCACCCAGUUUCGUUCUCGGCACAGCGUAGAGAAGGAGAGGGAGGGAGGGGGAGAGAGAAAGGGGAAGAGAAGAAUGGGAGGAGGCGAGAAAAGCAAUAGACAGAGAGGAAGGGCGAGAGAGUGAGCAACAGAGAAAUAAGGGGGAGAGAAAAAGAGAGAUGGAGGUUUCUGAGGGAGUGAAGCCUCCACAUUAGCAUGGAAACCAGGCAGCUAGUCAGCACUCUUUUAACUAUGGUGGAAUCCAACACACAGACCCAGGCCAGUCACCAUAGAGUGACCAUAAACGGACAUGAAUGUUUAUAUUUGGUUUCCUGUGUGUGCGCGUGCAUGCACGUGUGUGUGUGUGCUAGUAUGUGAGCAGUGCUAGUGGGGGUGUGCAAAUGUGUGUGUCUUAUGAGUGAGGGAGAGGGAGGGAGGGAGGGAAAGAGUGUAUUUUGGUUCAGUCGUAUGGGCAGGCACACUCUCAGAUGGACACACAUACUCGCACACAUACACAAACACACAGAAUGUGUACAAAUCUGUGGCUCCAGCGUUUCCUGGCUCUGAGAGCUGAAUGUGCCCACUGUUGCUAUGCAGCCCUGUUUUUAAACACAUUUAUGUUUGACUAAGUUUCCUCCCUGCAAAUGAAAGCACCCGGUCGGUCUCAGAAUCUGUGGACACGGAAUGGCUGCAUUACACCGUUUAAACUAGUUUAAAGUCCACUUCAGUCCACUUAUGGAAAUUGCCUUAGCCCUAGUUUAUUUCCUUGAUUAAUGUAUAUGUUUUAAACAACAACCUUAAGUAGCCAUUUCAGAUGAGCAGUAGUAUUUGGUUGGAGUUCUCUAACUGACCAGCGGAGGCGGUGUGGGCUGAAUGCCUGUCUUGACUGAGGGUCAUUUCGAGUGAGGUCAUAUGCUAUUCAGGGAUAUUUCCUCAUGUAGGUGUCUGUCGCCUAGUUAAAGAACGGUCACAGCUUGUGUCAUGUUUAUUUUCACCUCUCACUCACUGAUGUUGAAUGACUGUUGUUGUUUGUACUCUGCCUAUCAGCCAGUGUGAAAAUAGCAGGAUAACCUGCAUGAUCAUUAUACAAAAACAAAAAUAAGUCCUGGAGUAUGGUUCUGAACUAUCCCUGAAUAAGGUCCUUGUCAUAUAAAUAGCCUACUAUUGGAAUGUUGAAAGAAUGUUAAAGGUUGUAUGUUCUCAGCUCUCUGUGUUCUUUGUUGUUGUUGUGUGUGUGUGUGUGAGGCAGGCUCAGGAAGUGGCUGGUGCAUGACCCCAGGAGAAGAGGAUGCAGGUGCAAGGCCUGCUGGGGGGCUGUUUUUACCGUCACCUGAUGUGAAAUGGCGGUGCGGGCUCUGAAGCAGACGGGCAGCAGAAACAUUGAGGCUGCUCUGGAGUACAUCAGUAAGAUGGGAUACCUGGACCCACGCAAUGAACUCAUCGUCCGAAUUAUCAAGCAGACCUCGCCAGGCAAAGGGGGCAUGCCAAACUCAAUGGACCACAGACCACCAUUGGAGGGAACAAGUGAGGGUGCCAUGCCUUCCUACCACCAGAUGGGGGCACCGAUGUAUGAGGGUGUUGGCUAUGGGCCAGAGGGGCCCUACAUGGGUGCCCCUCCUGUCAUGAACUACAUGAUCCCCCCCUCGGGCACAGCACAGGGCCCUGCCAUGGUUAACCCCAUGGGACGCCCACCCAGUAUUGGAGCCUACCCUCCAUCCAUGGCUGCCCAGAACAAUCCAGGGAACCCCAUGUACCCCCCAGGCGCCCCGCAAAAGGCCUACCCAGGUAGCAUGGAGCAGGCCAUGAUUGGCUACAGUGUCCCUGGCCAGCCCCUGCAGCCCCAGGCACCAGGAGGCCCCAUCCCCGUACCCCACUACGACUACGGCCACGGCCGGCCUCACAUGAUGGAGCCCUCGGGCUACAGCAUCAAGAGGAGCGCAUCCUUCCAGAACAAGAUGCCACCGCUGGCGCCCGACAACUACGUCAACAUGCAGGUUAAAGGGGCCAUGGGCCAGAAUGGGGGAGGGUACCCCCCUAACCUGUACCUACCGCCCCACUCACACCCCCGGCAGUCCAGCCCCACCUCACACCAGGUUCACAUGAUGUCCCGCUCGCCCGGUGGAGCUGCCGCCGCCAUGGGGCCAGACUUCUCUGACCUCCCCCAGGGCCUGCUCACGCCCUCCAGAGCCAGUCUCAACCUGGACCUGUACGAGCAGCACCAGCACCACUGGGCCGGGCCCCAGGGGCCUGAGGGGGCCCCUCCAGCCAGGCAGCCCCAGCCUCAGGGGCCCUUCCGGGGAGAGGUGCGAGUCCCCAGCAGGACCAACUCCUUUAACAACCGCUCAGCGCCCCCCAAUAACGUCCGGCCCACUUUGGUACCUCCAGCUCCUGGCAAGCAGGACCCGUCCCUGGGUCCACCCAACACCAUCACGGCGGUGACGUCGCCCCCCAUCCAGCAGCCGGUGAAGAGCAUCCGGGUGAUGAGGCCUGAGCCGAAGACAGCUGUGGGGCCGUGUCACCCUGGCUGGUUGGCUGCUCAGGAAGCAUCUGAGCCCCUCGCCUACAUGCCUGAAGAGGCCUACGCUCUGGAGCCUGCCCAGGAACCCCGCUGUCCACCACCUCCCUACCCCAAAACCCUGCUCAUAUCUGGGGCUUCUUCAGAGGCAGGGCCCCUGGAGGCCUCAGACCUCAACACCCCUGCUAGGCCACACGGUGGUAGUGGAGGAGGAGGGGGAAAGGCAGAAGAGAGCCAGGUGAAAGAGAAGACCAAGUCUGGGAAAGGAGAGAAGGCUGUGAAGGACAAGAAGCAGAUCCAGACAUCGCCGGUGCCGGUGAGGAAGAACGGGCGUGAUCAGGAGAAGAGGGAGUCGCGCAUUAAAAGCUACUCGCCCUUCGCCUUCAAGUUCUACAUGGAGCAGCAUGUGGAGAAUGUGAUGAAGACCCACCAGGAAAAACUGAACCGCAGGCUGCAGCUAGAGCAGGAGAUGUCCAAGGCUGGCCUAUCAGAGGCGGAGCAGGAGCAGAUGAGGAAGAUGCUGAACCAGAAGGAGUCCAACUACAACCGACUGCGCCGGGCCAAGAUGGACAAGGCCAUGUUUGUCAAGAUCAAGACACUGGGCAUCGGGGCCUUCGGCGAGGUGUGCCUGACCCGCAAGGUGGACACGGGAGCCCUGUACGCCAUGAAGACGCUGCGCAAGAAGGACGUGCUCAACCGCAACCAGGUGGCCCAUGUCAAGGCUGAGCGUGACAUCCUGGCGGAGGCAGACAACGAGUGGGUGGUGCGUCUGUACUACUCGUUCCAGGACCGCGACAGCCUCUACUUUGUCAUGGACUACAUCCCCGGAGGAGACAUGAUGAGCCUGCUGAUCCGCAUGGGAGUCUUCCCCGAGCCGCUGGCAUGCUUCUACGUGGCUGAGCUGACCCUGGCGAUUGAGAGUGUUCACAAGAUGGGCUUCAUCCACCGCGACAUCAAGCCUGACAACAUCCUCAUCGACCUGGACGGACACAUCAAGUUGACUGACUUUGGCCUCUGCACCGGCUUCCGCUGGACGCACAACUCCAAGUACUAUCAGAAAGGGAGCCACAUCAGGCAGGACAGCAUGGAGCCCAGUGACUUCUGGGAUGACGUGUCCAACUGUCGUUGUGGCGACCGGCUUCAGACCCUGGAGCAGCGGGCAACACGGCAACACCAGCGCUGCCUGGCACACUCCCUGGUGGGUACGCCCAACUACAUCGCCCCUGAGGUGCUGCUGCGCAAAGGGUACACCCAGCUGUGUGACUGGUGGAGUGUGGGAGUGAUCCUGUUUGAGAUGCUGGUGGGACACCCACCCUUCCUGGCCCCGACACCCACCGAGACACAGAUAAAGGUGAUAAACUGGGAGAGCACGCUGCAGGUGCCCCCGCAGGUUAAGCUCAGCCCAGAGGCUGUUGACAUCAUCGGCCGUCUCUGCUGCUCCCCUGAGGAGCGUCUUGGGAGCAACGGCGCCGGCGAGAUCAAGACUCACCCCUUCUUCGACCAGAUGGACUUCUCCAGCAACCUGCGCACCCAGCCCGCCCCCUACCGGCCCAAGAUAGCCCACCCCAUGGACACAUCCAACUUCGACCCGGUGGAGGAGGAGGGGGGUCCCGGGGCGUGGAGUGACAGCGGGGACAGCACACGGGCCUGGGAGACCCUCUGCACCCCACACGGGAAACACCCGGAGCACGCUUUCUACGAGUUCACCUUUCGCAGGUUUUUUGAUGACAACGGCUGCCCCUUCCGCUACCCCAAGCCCCCUGAGAUCAGCCACAGCCAGGCGCCUCCCAGCAGUAGCGGAGACAGCAGCAUGGGCCCUGAGGAGGAAGAGGAUGAGGAAGAGGAAGAGCAGGGGGAGCCUGUGUAUGUGUAGAAGAGCCCAGACUGUUGGCUUUCUGACCCCCCUCCCCCCACCCCUUCUCUCUCUCUCCAACAAUCAACACUUAGCACCUGGGGCCCUGGCUACCAACUUCCUAUCUACCACUGUUCUUCUCAGAGGUUUGUUUGUGUGUGUGUGUGUGUGUGUGUGUGUGUGUGUGUGUGUGUGUGUGUGUGUGUGUGUGUGUGUGUGUGUGUGUGUGUGUGUGUGUGUGUGUGUGUGUGUGUGUGUGUGUGUGUGUGUGUGUGUGUGUGUGUGUGUGUGUGUGUGUGUGUGUGUGUGUGCGCCUCUAUACUUGUGUGUGUGUUUGAGAGACUGAGAACAGGAACGACCUGACAUCUGUUUAACAAUUCAGACACUACUGUGUGGAAUCUCCAGCGUGAGCAAAGACUACAAUAAGAAUCCCUGAUCUGGGACCAAGAACAACUAACUGUACAAGGGCUAGGGAUGGGAUAAUGAAGCCAGAGGACUGUUCUGAAACAAAACCAAUCAGAACAGGAACAGAUAGGUCUUCUAUGGAAAUUAAAGUAUCCGCUGCGCUGUGGAGGUUUACAAAAGUGUUCAGAUAAGAGUUUGACACUAGGAGUGUGACCAUGCGUGGUCCUAGUACACUAUCCCAUUCCUUCGCCUUGGGUCUUAGAGAUCUCUUCUUCCAGGUUAGCCUUACCCCAGGAAGUAACACACAUACUUCCUGGACUUCAGGUUGGUCUGGACUGAAUUAGCUGGUGGUAGAGGGGAAGAAUGCAACACUUCUCACACAGCUGUGAAAAAAUAAGUUACCAAAAUACAAAUUCACAUGCGCACAUGAACACUUUAAAGGAUGGUUGAACUACACAAUUUAGGAGGAAGCAAUGGGGUUGCCCUCUGCAGCUAACCCCCUAAAGCCUUGUGCAUACCGAUUGCGUAAAACUGUAUGCGUUCCGACAGAAGUCCAUUCAUUUCAAUGGGAGGCAAUCCUCACCUCUGGGACUCAUCUGCCGGACUCGGUUGCGAUGCUUGUCGCUGCGUGCAGUGUGUCGCAUGCAUGUGUUGGAUUUUUCCAACUUGUGCUGUUGCUUUGCCGUGCGGUAUCAGGAACGGGAGUAGAUAAUCCACCGAAGAAGUUGCUAAUAUGUAGCUAAUGUGUAGCAUGAUUAUUUUUGUUAUGAUGCGGUGCAUGGAUUGCGAAGACUACGUCAAAUUUACCGUACGGCAAUGUAAUAAUGCAACCUGUGUGCACGCGGCGUAAGUUGCGGCAUUUUUCAAAGUUAGAGUCUGACAUGUAAGUCUAGGCAUUCCCCAGCUGUGACUCCUACCUUUAGCUUCACACUAACUUAUUUUCCAAAUAGGAGAUGUGGGAUAAAGCCCACUUGUGUUGUUCCCACUCACCCCUAAAUCUCUUCAGGAUUCUUUUUUGAGUAUUAGACCUAGGGGAAUGGUUGUGACGGGUAAAUACUCGUAGCAACAACAACAAAUUCCUUUGGUUGAAGUGCCAGCUGCCAGAUACAUGGAUGACAUUGUUAAUCGAUUCAGUCAAUUCCACUCUCAAUAUUAUUAUGAUGACUAUGUUUUUUGAGCUAAUUUUGCAGAGUUCUGAGGAAGGUGGACUGCAAGUGUGUAAUCAUUGCUUUGUUACAGAUAUGGAUCUCAUGAUUACAUACAUCCACACAACACAUACAUUACACCUGCUCUAAGACUGUCAUGUACAGUGACAUUACUGGCGCCAAGAGCAGUGCAUUUUAGCCUCCUUGACAAAAGCCCUCCUGCUAAUCCACCACUUACAAACAUACACUCAGUAUUAUACAGGAGAAACACAUUGGAGUGUCCACACAGUCUCCUCUGUCCAUAUGGAGACAGAUGUGAAAACUCUAUGUCAGAAACAUAUGUAAUAGUAUGACUAUGUGCAAUACAGAAAAUACAAUAUAUAGUUUUCUAAACACUUACAAUUACCAUUUUGAUCUUGUAAUACUGAAACACGCUAUGUACAAAUAUACAUUAUAUUGGUUUAUAUAUUUUCCGUAUAGUUACAUGACCCAAUGCUGCUUAUUAUUGUGAUUUAAUAUUAUUAUUAUUUACAUUAUUUCAUUUAUACGUACUUCUUUCCUUUUAUGCAAGUGUGGGUUUGAUUGCCAGUGUGUUUGGUUUGGAAAGUGACGAACUGUGUGUCUUCUAGAGGAAUGUUGGUAUGUAUCUAUCCACCGCAAGAUGAUGAUGAGGAUGAUGAUGAUCAGUGUUUGUGCAGAAUAACGACAGCAGCUUUCCUACUCUGCAACCAGGCUGGCCCUGUGUGUAGGAGAGUAGGGCAGAAGAGACAGACAUAGUGAUAGAGAAAGAAAGAUGCGUGUCAGAGACAAAUUGAAAGCAAGGCAGGAUUGGCUAUAAAAUGAAAAAUAAAUGAAUGAAUAUGUUACAAGAACAGGUGGCAAAUGACAAAAACGUACACUACCAGUCAAAAGUUUGGACACACCUACUCAUUCAAGGGGUUUUCUUUAUUUUUACUAUUUUCUACAUUGUAGAAUAACAGUGAAGACAUCAAAACUAUUAAAUAACUACUUUGAAGAAUCAUCUAGUAACCAAAAAAGUGUUAAACAAAUCUAAAUAUAUUUCUGGUUUUCAAAGUAGCCAUCCUUUGCCUUGAUGACAGCUUUGCACAUGCUUGGCAU